AUGAUUGGAUGCAUGAGCAGGAAUAGACGAAAUGUAUCUGGGCUGAGUAAAUAUCCAAAAACGAUACUUGUGGUUGAUGUGUAUGGCACAGUAACUAAUCAGAUCAAAGAAUCGGUCAGGUGCCAAGCUAGUGGCAUCCAGGUUGAUUUUGAAGAAAUGCAAACACAUUAUUCGCUGGUAAUUGUUUGCAACAACAGGUUCAAGUUUAGAGUGGGCAAUCCGCUUUCGCUUGUGGACUGUGAGAUAUGGUUCAGUAGAAAAGCAUUUUCGUUAGACGUGUUUAUUGAUGCACUCCAUCAUUAUUCAAAGUGCGAAAUACGCAAUGGCAUGUGA